UACAACUACUCUUUGAUGUCCACGUCCCCGUGGUGUCCGAGUUCUACCGGCUGCGAUGUGUUACGCGCCCCUGCUUUAGAAAAAACAGAGAAGGAAAACUUCAUAGAAAUGGCGGAGGGUGCAACGACUCUCAAAGGCUUGCGAGCCCAAAUGGCUGCAGCUGCACAGGCACAAGCUGAGGAGCGGCGCAGCCUGGCAGGGAACAGUCCAGGACCUACAACCAACACACCAGCUAAACCUCAAGGGUGUAGGCCAGUCCUUGACGGCGCCACACUAAGAAUAGACGACCGACUGCGAGUGGCAAAAGAGAGGCGAGAGGAGGCAGAGAGACAACAGGCUUUGCGAGAGUCUCAGAUCAUGGAGCGGGAGCGCAAGGCCAAGCUGCAGGUGGAGCGUCAGAUGGAGGAGCGUCAGAAAAAGGUUGAGGAACAGCGAAGGAAGGAGGAGCAGAAACGAUUGGCUGUGGAGGAGAAGAGGAAGCAGAAACAGGAAGAGGAAAAGGAGCACUAUGAGGCGGUGAUGCGGCGGACAUUGGAACGUAGUCAGAGAGUGGAGCAGAGGCAGAAAAGAUGGUCUUGGGGAGGACUGUCCACAGACUCCGAUGGACGAACAGGAGACUCUGAUGCCAGCGCCUCAUCUCCAGUAACUAUAGUUAUCUCCCCUGCCUCACCAGAAAAGCCACCAAGGAGUCGACAAGUGGACAAGCGCUCCACAUCCACCAUGAACCUGAAGCAGCCGUCCGAGGCUGGCAUCAGCAAACGCCUAUCCUCUUCCUCUGCCACCCUCAUCAAAUCUCCUGACAAAAGUGUUAAGCCAAGGAGUUCGUCUUGUAACCGGUUGCCUAGCAAUGGCAGUGCCAGUAAGGAAGACGGCAAAAAGCUUGUGGAACAGACAGGCCGUUCCGUGAAGAAGAGAAGUUCCUCCCUCACUCGAGUAAGUGUGGGCAGAGCACAGACCCCUGCCAAGCCUGAUAAGGGGACAACGGAUGAUCAAGCUCGCAGGCCUCCGGCCGGUACUGUGGAUGGAGGGGUCCUUAGUCGCCUGCUCACCCCCACCCAGGCCUCACUAGCUAGGAGCAAGAGCGCCGCUGCCCUGUCCGCUGAAGGAACAGAUGCUCCAGAGUGUCACCUGUGUCCUCGCUCAGCCUCUGCGAGUCCCCUGCACCCACCGCGUGGACCUGUGCGCAGCCGUAGCAUUGACCGGCAGAAGAGCGGCAUGACCACGUCUGUUUCAGCUGACGGAGCCCUUGACCCUUCACUGAAGGACAAGCCGUUAACAUCACCUGGGGGGCAACGUCCCGCCUCCCCAUCCACCACCCUGGGACGCAACCGCUCACCGUCCCCAGCCCCCAAUCCAGCUCCAAAGAGGACCCCCUCACCGGCAGCAGCCAAGCAAAGUUCCAAAACACGCCCACCCUCACCUGGUGCAAUGAAACAGCGUCCCCCAUCGCCCCAACCUACAUCAGCCAAACCCCCACCCAUCCAGAAACCAGCACUCACUCCAACAGGGCCCCCUACUUUGCGAAAGAGAGACUCAAAGUCCAAGGAGCUGUGUUCUGUCCAGGCUGUGGCUCCUCAGUCCUCUGACACCAGCAAAACCAAAGACAAAGAUGACUCUAAGGCCUCGACGGGCACCAACUCAGCUGCUGAGGCAGCCAAGAUCCUGGCGGAGAAUCGCAGACUGAUGCGAGAGCAGAAGGAGAGAGAGGAGCAGCUCCGGGUACAGAAGGAGGAAGAGGAGAGGCUGAGAAAGGAAGAAGAAAAACGUUUAGCAGAGGAGGCUCGACUAAAGCGCCUGGAGGAGGAGAAGAAGCUUGCAGAGGAGAGAAAACUGAAAGAAGAAGAAGAUGCCCGCCUGGCAGAGGAGGAGCGGGUGAGGCUGGCAGAAGAGGAGGCACUGAAACAGGCUGAGCUCCAGAGGGAACGGGAGGAGGCCGAGGCCAAAGCUCAGGAGGAGGCAGAGAGAGUCCGUCAGGAGAGAGACCGCAUCAUGCAGCAGAACCAGCAAGAACGAAUGGAGAGGAAGAAGAGAAUUGAAGAAAUAAUGAAGAGAACUAGAAAAGGGGACCCAAGUGACCUGAAGAGAGAUGAUGAUAAAUGCUCAGAUGAGAAUGGAGAUGAGGGAGGGGACCAGAAAAACUGUGAAACCAAGAUUGACGGCCUAGCCCAGGUGGAUGACAUCGCCGGGGAGACUGACAGAGAUGAGUGCAGUCUGUCUUCUGGCGAGCCGGUGAAACAAGAGGGGCCCCUGGGCAGUGUCAACGGAAAAUCAGAGACUGAUGACAAGGAGAAUAACAAUGGCAUAAGCACAGACGAGACUCAGGCAGUAAGCCCAGUUCCUAAAGGCCGCCUUGUCGAGGGUUCAGAGUUCCUGAAUGAACAGGACUCAGCCAAAGUGGGGCUAGUCUCGAGUCUGAAUGGUAAAUCCAACCAGUGGAGCUUUGAGGAACUCAUUGACCUCAACGUUCACUCUAAGACUCGGCCCCUCAUCGAGGCAGAGGACUGUAACCAGGUCUUGAUCAACUGUGAUGGGAGCUCAGAUGGGACCAGGGUAGCCUUCGAGGACAAGGGAACCCCUGUCAACACCCUGCAUUCCCCUAAUCAGCCCAUAGAGGCCCUUUCAGAGAUUUGAUGCUGCAGCUGUCACUGAGAAGCCUCUCACUGUUGCACUCCUAAAGUUCCUGUCCAGCUGAGCUCCUUUAAAAAAAAAAAAAUCCUCUACCAGUUCCAAACAUCUUCCUCCUCUUUGUCCUUCUCCUCUUCCAGAGGAAGAAGCACAAGGUGAAGUGGAAAGACCACCCUAAGUGCUACAUUUCCAGCCUACAUGAUGAGGAAACAAUUAUAUUAAAAUUAUAUAUUAAAGAACGUUAUUCUUCAGGGAAAUUCCAUAUAUUCCUUCAAUGUACUUGCUUCAGGUCUCUUUCCUCUUCGUCUUGUGUUUAGUUCUUCUCCAGAUGUUUUUUUUUCUAUGUUGUGUCCAAUUUUGAUGAUGUUUUUUAAGAGCGUUGUCUUUGUCAGGGGUGCGUUGUUGUAAUUUAUUAAUUUUGGCUUCUUUGUUAUUGUAAUUAUUGUUAUUAUAUGUCUAGUUUUUUUUCUCUUCUAAGAGAAUAUUCCAGGACACAUGCACGUUAGGCUACGUGAAUAUGAGGAAAAUAUUGUGAGUUAAUGGAAGGAACGUUAUUACACUCGGUUCUGUUGGGGGGGGGGGGGGGGUUUGCAUGUGAUUCAUCUAAAUUUACUUGACCGGCUGUUUUUUGCAGCAUCCAGCAAUAUGGCCUUACCAUUUUUCCCCCCAACUUCUAAUUUUUAAGUGUGAAUAUACUAAAUUGUUUGUGCUGAAGCUCAUACACGCACAGGUUAGCAGCCUCACAUCAUGUGCUUACAGUUUGGGGGGCAGGGGGGGUUGAUUCUGUAUUCAUACUCUUUAUCAGAUCUCUUCACACACCUGUCUCCCAGCUUCCAGCUUUCUCUCCCUGUGUUUCCUUCUUCUUCUUCUCCACUAGAGGGAUUCAGGAGCAGAGCUGUUACAUUUGAUGCUGAGGAGUGUUGAGAUUAAAGACAACACUGUAGUGAAUUCACAUGUUCGGUGAAGUAGGAGCAGUUUGUUGAUUUAGGGCUCACGGUCCAUUUAGGUUUUAUUUUUUACAUAUGUAUAUAGACUGUAUGUUUACUAACAUCAUUGUAAUUUACAGAAUUUGAGUUGCAUCCAGUUUUAGUCUCAUCUAAAGUGAUGACUCCACCGACUGCAUCUGUUUCACUGUUUAGAUAACCCUAACUGUGACGCACCACCUUAACACAGGCGAAGUCCAUUAGUUUCAUUCAUAGCUGCCUCAGAACUUCUUAAGGUAGCAUGUGUUUGUUACUGAACUGAACUUGAAUGUUUGGCUGUUCUGUCAUGAUAUCCAGAGUUCACCUUUACUGAAACUAGAAAUCAGGUUUUCAAUUAUCUGGUUUUAAUUUGAGCUUUACCAACACAUCCACACACACACACCUCCAUCCAUCCCAUCCUCCAUCAUUAAUUCCAUUUCUUUUCCUACUAAUAUCCUUCUUAAAAUUCCUGUCAAACUAGCUGCUGCAUCUGACAAAAUGCAUUUCAACUAUUUUUUAUAAUAUAAAAUUUGGCUGUUUGUUUAUAUCUGAAAAUACAUUUCUACAUAUAUUUAAGUGUUAUUGUAUUGUGUAUAUAAUCAGUAUUAGGCAAGUGAAGCCAUGUUUAGGAGGGAGUGGUGUCAGGAUGUGGAUAAUUGAAGUCUCUGUGUAUGUGCUAUAAGUUUAAUGUUUCUGUUCUUGACACGGGCCCUGUGACAGCGUAGUCAGGUUAGGUUUGGGCAGCCUGGAAAGUCAACAUUUACAUGAAGCCCUCUUCCAUGAGAGCUCUGCAAAACAAGGGCCCAAGUGGGGACCCUCUACACGUUUCUCAAAAUAUGGUGUGUGUGUGUGUGUGUAUAUUUGAGAGCUUUCAGUCCUGUAUCUCCAAGCCCUAGUUUUUGAUAUCACCUCACUAAGACUAAACAAGUUGACAUUUUGAUGGUGAGCAGAGCUCUUACAGCCCUCAGUGACGUGUCUGACCCAUGAAAACAGUCGUAGCUGUGCCUAUGUUUUAUAUAAUGUCAAAGGAUGUUGGUCUGGUUGGCAUAUCAGCCCAGUUUGCAACCAUUCUCCUUUGUAGCAUGAGGCAGGGCACAUCCACUAAACAGAAUAUGACAUGGGGCAGACUUUUUUUCCAUAUUGUUUUCUGUGUGUUCUGCGUUUUUUAAUUAACUCUAUUGAAAUCUUGAAAUUCCCCAUGCUUGAAUAAUCCAAGCAUAAAGUUUGGGGACCUUGAUUUUUGCCUUGUUCUCUGCUGUCUAACUAAAAUCUCUUUGUAUAUAAAGACUAAGGGGCUUUUAGAUCUUAGCUUUGAUUAGUAAGCUCAAAGAAUGUUAACAGACUCCAUAAACCGUCCUCCAUUAUUUACCAUGUCUCUCAAAGCUGCUGGCUUUUAGCUUUCAUACAUUAUCCAUCUAGAAAACAGGACACUCUUUGCACUGUCACAAAUUACUCGCUGUAUUAUAAGAAUGGUUACUGAGGAGUAGCUUUACUGUACAGACUCGUAGGAAAGUUGUGUGAUAUUCUGGAAGAAAAGCAAGUCAUUACUCUCUGGUUUGUUCCUGCUCAGAUGUUUUAAAAGUCUCAUUCAUAACCCAUAACUUGCCUAUACCCAAACUCCGCCCAAACCUUCCCUAUUCUUCUUUCCACUCAUGAGUAGCACCUGUUGAGGGGGCUGUUGUAGCUGCUGCUUGAACAGAUGCUGUAUCUAUUCCAGGUCCUGCUGCAUCUUUGAGGACUUGAGUACAGAGCGGACUGCUCGUAGUCCUCAACAUUGAUAACAAUAGGAUAGAACGGUGCCUUAGAUUGAGAGUUAGUAUUUUUAUCGUAUCACAGUUAACUAAGAAAGCUUGUCUUUACCUCAGCCUCGACAAUCAGUCUACCCAACCAGGGCAACUGUGUGAAUAUGAAUCGUUCUCUGGAAGAUUUACAAACCUAACAAUGCCCUUCCACAAGUAAAAUUUGUACUGUAAAUAUAUCUAAAGUGUACUGAGAUGAUACAAACUGUUAAAACAAUAAAGUCUUGCAGAAAUA